AUGGCGUCCGAUGUUGCUAUCUUCGGAGCGACGUGUUCCCCGGCCCAAUCACAGUACGUGAAGAAUCUCAACGCAACGGAGCAUGAGGCUCAGUACCCAAGAGCAGCUUCGGCGAUCAAAAACAAGCACUACGUCGACGACUAUCUUGAUAGCGUCGACACUGAAGAGGAAGCCGUCGAGCUAGCGUUAGAAGUUGCUGAAGUCCACAGCAAAGCGGGCUUCCGCAUACGCAAUUGGGUAUCUAAUCGGACAUCGGUUCUGGAAGCAAUCGGAGAAGCUAAUCCGGCCGCAGUGAAAAGUCUUUCGAUGAACAGUCAGAGCGCUUUCGAGCGUGUGCUUGGAAUAUCGUGGAUUCCAGGUGACGAUGUGUUCUGCUUCACGAUUAAUCUUCAAGGAGACCUGGAAAGUGAGGUUGCGCCGACUAAACGUACGAUGCUGAGCUUUGUUAUGAAGAUUUACGACCCCUUGGGGCUAGUGGGCUCACUAGUGAUCCAAGGUAAAAUACUGCUGCAAGACGUGUGGAGAGCUAAAAUGGAUUGGGAUGAGCAGAUUUCCGAAGAUCUGUUCUCGCGCUGGAAGCUUUGGCUGCAUAUGCUGAAGGAGUUGAACAACGUUCGCAUCCCUCGAAGUUACUUUCGGGGUUACGAUCCUACCUGUUUCGAUACCCUGGAGCUUCACGUAUUCGUGGAUGGGAGUGCACAAGCAUACUCGUCCGCAGCUUACUUCCCUGUUCGAGAUCGAGGGCAGAUACAAUGUGCGUUAGUUGCCUCUAAAACGAAGGUAGCUCCACUCCAACUAGUUUCCGUCCCACGACUAGAAUUGCAGGCAGCCGUAAUUGGAGCACGUCUGCGCAAGACCAUCGAGGAUGGCCAUUCCAUAAAGGUAACACGCACCUACUUUUGGAGUGAUUCCAGCACUGUCGUCUCAUGGAUCAAGUCUGACACCCGUCGAUACCGGCAGUACGUUGCGUUUCGGGUGAAUGAGAUUUUGAGCUUAUCGAAAACUGAAGAGUGGUGUUGGUUGGGAAAGAAGAUCAAUGUUGCAGAUGAAGCCACCAAGUGGGGAAAAGGACCGAAUUGUAACUCCGACAGCCGAUGGAUGCGAGGGCCCGCCUUUCUGUACGAAGAGAAGAACAGUUGGCCAAAGGACAAGCUUCUACAACGAAUUGGAAGAAGGCCUUCCGAAGGUGCAUUGAGUGUCAGCGGUGAAGAUUUGCGGAAUGCGGAAAGGUGUCUCUGGCGGCUCGCUCAAUCAGAUGGUUACCCGGAUGAGGUCGCUAUACUGACACACAACAAGCAGUCAACACCUGAAAACCAACAAUCGUUAGGUCGAAGUAGUUCGUUGACAAAUCUUCCUCCUGUGUUGGAUGAGCAUGGAUUGAUCCGUGUUGAUGGUAGAAUCGCAGCCGCAGAUUACGUACACUACGACACCAAGUACCCAGUAGUUCUACCUAAAGGACACCCGAAUACGGACUUACUACUGGACUGGUAUCACCGACAGUUUCGUCACGCCAACAAUGAAACGGUCGUGAACGAAGUGCGUCAGAAGUUUUUCGUCCCGAAGCUAAGAUCAUGCGUCCGAUCAGUUGCGAAACGUUGUCAGUGGUGCCGCGUUUACAAAGCCGUCCCUGCAGUCCCGAAGAUGAGUCAACUGCCUCGGUCCCGCGUUACACCAUUCGUUAGACCCUUCACAUUUGUGGGCAUAGACUACUUCGGGCCCUACCUAGUGAAGAUCGGUCGUAGUGCAGUUAAACGGUGGGUAGCGAUAUUCACAUGCCUAACCGUACGGGCUAUACAUAUGGAGGUAGUGCAUUCACUUUCUACCGAUUCUUGUAAGAAAGCAGUUAGGCGGUUCAUCGCUCGCAGAGGAGCACCACAAGAAGUCUAUACGGAUAACGGGACGAAUUUCAUCGGCGCGAGUAGAGAGUUGGAAGAUGAGUUGCGGAACAUCAACGUUAGCUUGAGCAGCACAUUCACGGACACCAAUACCCAGUGGCGAUUCAACCCUCCCUCAGCUCCACACAUGGGCGGAUGCUGGGAGCGCAUGGUCCGAUCCGUGAAGACCGCACUGGGAACCCUACCGGAAUCAAGGAAAUUGGACGACGAGUCUUUCAUGACACUGUUGGCAGAAGCGGAGCAUAUGGUCAACUCGCGCCCUUUAACCUUUUUGCCUGUUGACAGCGAGGAACAGGAGUCGUUGACUCCUAAUCAUUUUCUGAUGCUUAGCUCUACUGGAGUGCGGCAACCGAUCAAAGCACCAGCGUGUGAACGAAAAGCAUUGAAGAACAGUUGGGACCUCAUUCAACAGAAGUUGGACGCUUUCUGGAGUCGCUGGAUCUCCGAGUAUUUGCCAGUAAUAUCUCGCCGAUCUAAAUGCUUCAAUCACGUGACGCCUAUCAAGGAAGGAGCGUUGGUUGUUAUAGUCGACGGGAAGAUGCGGAACCAAUGGAUACGUGGACGGGUGAGCCGAACCUAUCCCGGCAAGGAUGGAGCAAUACGUCUGGUGGACGUGGAUACCUCUACAGGGGUGUUGAAGAGAAGAGCAGUUUGCAAGCUGGCCGUUUUGGAUGUCAAAGAUCCCAAGGAUGUGCAACAGGAUGGUCAUGGUGAUGAAGAUAGCGGAGGGCUUCGUGAACGCAGCGGAUAUGGUGUCGUCGAACCAGUGUCCGCACGACACGAGGGGGAGGAUGUUGCGACAGCUUCGUCCAUCGGAGCGCCCCUCGGAAGCUUUGGCGUUUAGAUACGAAUGUGUGAGUCGAUCGCUAUGAUCUGUCAGAGACCGUGAUUAUUACAAUUGCAUAUCAUUGUUGACAUCAAACGCGAAUGCAAGAUUUGUAAAGUGAACUUAAUACAUUAUUUCUACCAUAUAUACUAAACAUAAACUUAUUACAGAUCAAAACCAUAAACUACAUACUUAUAAUCUAAUAUUGUGACGAAUUGAAUUUGUGCUACUUAGUAAGAGACCAAUUCUUUGAGCUGAUUCUACCGGGAACAUUGGUGAGUCUGCUAAAAAGAUCUCCGAAAAGUAAUUUCCGUCCCCAACACU